AUGGACUAUAUGCCUGGAAAUCGGCUGGACGAAGUCUGGAAGAUACUAAUAUCUCCUCAAAAAAUAUCGAUCGCUGAGCAGCUCCGUGGCCAUGAUCCAGCUACGCAGCCUGAAGGUACUUACAUUGGAGAUGUUGAUGGUAGGACAGCCAUCACAGGCAAAUAUGUUUCAAUCGAGGGGGGACCAUUCGAUUCCGAGCAGGAAUUUAACAAAUCGAUUCUUGAAGAUUUACCCCCGGGUCUACCUGUGAUUUAUCAACAUUUGGCGGAAAACGCACUGACAGAUGGUCAUGAAAUCGUCUUCACGCAUUCCGACUUCGCUACUCGCAACAUCCUUGUUGAUGAAAACUGCCAGGUCACGGCUAUCCUUGACUGGGAAUGGGCUGGAUGGUACCCAGAGUACUGGCAAUAUUACAAAGCCUAUCGCAAUCUGUUACCAAUGCCCGACUGA